ACUGCUUGCUGCAGCCAUGGUCAACCCCACCGUGUUCUUUGACAUCGCGGCUGAUGGCGAGCCCUUGGGCCGCGUCUCCUUCGAGCUGUUUGCAGACAAAGUUCCAAAGACAGCAGAAAACUUUCGUGCUCUGAGCACUGGAGAGAAAGGAUUUGGAUAUAAGAGUUCUUCCUUUCACAGGAUUAUUCCAAGAUUCAUGUGCCAGAGUGGUGACUUCACACGCCGUAAUGGCACUGGCAGCAGAUCCACCUAUGGAGAAAAAUUUGAGGAUCAGAACUUCAUCCUGAAGCAUACAGGUCCUGGCAUCUUGUCCAUGGCGAAUGCUGGACCAAACACAAACGGUUCCCAGUUUUUUAUCUGCACCACCAAGAUUCAGUGGCUGGAUGGCAAACAUGUGGUCUUUGGGAAGGUGAAAGAAGGCAUGAACAUUGUGGAAGCCAUGGAGCAUUUUGGGUCCAGGAAUGGCAAGACCAGCAAGAAGAUCACCAUUUCAGACUGUGGACAACUCUAA